AUGUCGAGCACUACUACAACCACGGCUCCAGCAGCAGCUGCCACAGCACCCUACCUUGACAGCGCCGAGUUGCUCGGCCAAAGCGUCAAGCUUCUGUCUGAUGACCACAACCCCUUCGACAUCACCAGACUGAUUGCGGGAAGACGCAAGAUCGUGCUGCUGGACGUCAAGAACACCAAGGAGGUCGGCACGGCCAGCGGGGUGGGCUUCAAGAUCCCCGCGGGGAUCGGCUUCACAGGCAUCGGUUCGACGGAGACGCACUCGCUGACGGUCGAAACGGGCACCGAGCUGGGCAAGUCGCUGGACGCGCAAGCCGAGAUGAGCGCCAGCUACGCGGGCGUGUCGGCCGAGGGGUCGGCCAAGUACAGCUACCAGACGGCGCUGAGCACGUCCAAGUACUACGGUCUGCUCAGCUCCGAGACCCAGUCGUUCAUGCUGACCAUGGAGCUGGCCGAUCUGGACCUCGCCGACGGGUUUGUGACGGCGGCGCAGGGGCUGCCCGACUGGCCCAGCUCGGGAUACCCGAGUGCGGCGCUGCUGGUGGAGAACCACAUGUGCGACACGGCGUCCAAGGAGGAGAUGCAGGCGCACAUUUCGUGUGAAUGCAACGGCAUCGCCACGGCCAAGGCAUCGACAGAUCUGAAGACGUCGGAAGGAUACAAGAAAUACACCAAAGUGCGCAAGUUCAAGGCGACGGUGAUCGGCGGCGACCCCGGCAAGAAGACCGACCUGAGCAGCUCUCCCAACGACGCCGCCAAGUUCGAUGAAUGGGAGAAAUCGAUCAGCGACAGCACGGCGCACAGCCCCAUCAGCCUGGGCGUCAUGAGUCUCGGCGAUAUCGUGGCCGAGUGUAAGGAUAUCGAAGACAGCGAGGAGCGCGAGAAGCUGGCAGACAAGCUGAACGCCGGCCUGUCCUACAUGAACUCCUUCCGGAUCGUGCAGGGCUAUCUUGAAGUCAAGUCGGACUAUUUCUGGGACCGCAAAUACGACCUCCGCAUUGAUGGUCCUCCGGGCAUGAAGCUCAGCGCCUCGGCCUAUCCUACCUCCAAGGAACAUACGACCUUUAGCCAGGAGUCCGACACACACGUCAAGAUCGCUUGCCCCCGACCAGGCAACGACAAGAAAUACGACUAUAAGCCGGACAAGGCGUGGUUUGACUCGCACUAUCUGGCCUAUGUUCGGCUCACAGCGCCUCCCUUUGCGGUGGACUGGACGAUCACGCUGGAACCCCGGAUGGCGAUGAGGAUCAAACUCACCAACGGGCCGGACAUCAGGACGGCGGAGAUGACCGAGGACAGUCUGGUGGAGGAAGUGAGCGUCAAUCCGCUCAAGGCUGGUGUUUUUGGCAAGAGUGAAAAGACUUUUAAAUAG